GCAAAUAAUCAUGCUUAGAUUUGUGAGAUAUAUUUCUAUAUCACAAUCGGCUGUGGUACCAGGCAGUGUAUCUGCCACCUUGCCGACUGUAACAUCCGCACCAAGUCUUGUUCAAUCAUCAGAACAGCGCGAAGCUGCAGAGUUCCAAAUAUUGGGUCAACCAUCGACUGUGCUAACUGUUCAUUCUCCACCUUCAUAUCCAAUCAACCUCAAGAAGGGUGCGUUGUUGUCUAUAUAUAGCUCCAAUGGUACAUCUAUAUCUUCUAUUAGAGCCCAAUUAGAAUUCCUCAGCCCUUUCAAGGCAUUCUUAUUUGGAGGACGAUCAUUUCAAUUCCAGAAAUUUGUUUCAACAAAUCCAUACUCAAUAUUAGUUUCGUCUUCCACAUCACUGUUCUGGUCUAGGGCUUUCAUACGUAAAUCAUUUAGCGUUAUACACUUGGAUGGGUCUAAUGAUUGGGCAGUUCUUCCAAAGGAUGCCUUACAGGUUUACGCGGGUCCAUCCUUAGGAGUAUCGUUUCAUAACGUUCCUAAAACAAUCUCCAAAAAACUUGCACUGGCCAAUAAAAUACCUCCAAACACUCCCACGGGAUUGUUCAGUUGGAAGGAUGCAGGUUUCACCUUGUUGACUGGAAGAGGUACUGUGGGGGUUGUUGGAAAUGGAGAAGUUUAUCUGGUCAAUUUGAUUGAAGGAGAAGAAAUCUUAAUAAAUAAAAAAAAUUUAUUAGCAGCAACAGUGAAUGGUCCACAUGAUUUACAAAAUUUCAUUGUCAAAUAUUCAGUUAAAUUAACAGAUGAUUCUUCCAAUAAACCAUCCCCACUUCCAUCAAGUACCUCCAAUAAUAGUUACUUAACAUCAGUGAAAAAAUGGUGGAACAAAUUAACAUCAUUGGCAACAUUCACCAAAAUUUCAACAUACAAUCUUCUUGUUGGAAAUGGCGAUUACCUUAAAGUUAUUGGACCUAGAACGCUUUUAUUGCAAACCAGUGACGUAAAUGUAAACGUUCAUGAAAACGAAAUUGCUAGAGAAUUACCAGUGACAGAGUCAUUGCUCUCAACUGAAAAGAAUCUACAAAGAAAUGCUGCUGAUUACUUAAAUUAUGUUACAAUCACCGAAAAGGGGGCAGUUUUCACAAGUACUCCUAGUUUCCUGGACACUGUCAAACAGUUGGAAAAGAAAUAGAACAAAUAGACGUUGAUAACUCUAUAUAUGUAAAUAUUAAAUGGAUUAUGUAAAAGAACACUUUCGCGCACUUGUGGCUAGUGAAUUAUGGAUAACUUCUCGGCUUAAUUUUUUUUUUU